AUGGCCGACCACCUGAUGCUCACCGAGGGCUACCGCCUGGUGCAGAGGCCGCCGCCCGCCGCGCCCUCACACGGCCCCCACGCGCUCCGGACGCUGCAGCCGUACGCGGGCCCGGGCCUGGACAGCGGCUUGCGGCCUCGGGGGACGCCGCUGGGCCCGCCGCCACCACCACCGCCGCCGCCGCCCCCACCCGGGGCCCUGGCUUACGGGGCCUUCGGGCCGCCGCCCGCCUUCCAGCCCUUUCCGGCCGUGCCACCGCCGGCCGCCGGCGGCGCGCACUUGCAGCCGGUGGCGACGCUGUACCCGGGCCGUGCGACCGCGCCCCCCGGCGUCCCGGGAGGGCCCCCGUGCCUGCAGCCGGCGCCUGGCGCCCCGGCCCCGCCACCGCCCGCGCACGCCCUGGGCUGCAUGGACGCCGAACUCAUCGACGAGGAGGCGCUGACGUCGCUGGAGCUCGAGCUCGGGCUGCACCGCGUGCGCGAGCUGCCGGAGCUCUUCCUGGGCCAGAGCGAGUUCGACUGCUUCUCGGACUUGGGGUCGGCGCCGCCCGCCGGCUCGGUGAGCUGCUGA